AUGCCGUCUCUUGAGGAGGCCACUCCAAUACCGGCUGAUGAACACAGGCCAGAAACAGCCGCCCAGCAACCACAGUCUCAGACAACUUCAUCAUCCGCCUCCGUUUCCUCAGCUAAGCCAGUCGACGGGUCAGAUGACGUCCAAUUUGUUGUCUCCAGAAAAUUCCUUAUGGCAUUCGCUACCCUUGCCGUCCUUACCCUCAUGGUCGCCUUGGACGGCACAUCAAUCAGCGUAGCGUUGCCCAUUGUGGCCAAAAAGCUUCACGGAUCAGCUAUCGAGGCUUUCUGGGUGGGCACGUCAUUCAUGCUGGCGUCGACGGUCUUGCAGCCGAAUUUUGCUUCCUUGAGUCAUAUUUUCGGCCGGAUGCCCGUGAUCAUGGCCUCUAUUGCAUUCUUCUUUGUUGGGGUCAUGAUGGCUGGCAUGGCGAAGCACUUCAACCUCCUGCUCGUCGGACGCACGAUCCAGGGCAUUGGCGGUGGCGGUAUCAUCACCAUGACCGAGAUCGUUGUCACAGAUUUAGUGCCUCUUCGCUGGCGAGGCCAAUGGACCGGCAUCAUCUCAGGGAUGUGGAGUAUUGGCAGCGUAUCAGGCCCCAUAAUCGGCGGUGCAUUCGCAGAUGUUCAAUGGCGCUGGAUCUUCUGGCUGAACCUGCCCUUUAUCGGGGUCGGAGCAGUCAUGGUUCCUCUAUUUCUCCGUUUGAACCUGAUACCGCAGAGCAUUGCCACGAAGCUUAAGCGCGUCGACUGGUUCGGCACGGUCAUGUUCAUCGGCAGCAUGACCAGCUUCCUGAUCCCCUUGACAUGGGGCGGCGUCAUGUACUCGUGGUCGUCGUGGCGCACACUGGUGCCUCUGCUGAUCGGCGUGGCGGGUUUGGUCGGCUUCUGCUUCUACGAGAAGUAUCUCGCCCCAGAGCCCAUGCUGAGGCUGUCUGUCUUUGCCAACCGCACAGCCAACAUUGCCUACUUCAGCACUACCCUCCAUGGUAUCAUCCUCUGGUGCCUGCUGUACUACCAACCUCUGUACUUUGAAGCGGUCCAAGGGUACUCACCCGUCAUAUCCGGCGUGGCCUUGUUCCCUGCCACAUUUACUGUCGCGCCCAUGGCUAUUGUGACCGGCUUCAUGAUCGCCAAGACUGCUGCGUAUCGCUGGACCAUCUGGUUGGGGUGGACAAUCACAGUGCUUGGAGCGGGCCUCCUCGUGUUGCUCAAAGUCGAUACCACUAUCCCGCAAUGGAUUUUCAUUGACCUGGUUGUGGGCAUUGGGCUGGGAAUUCUGUUUCCUGCGCUGCAAUUCCAGCUGCAAGCCGCCAGCACCAACAAGGACAUGGCCUUUGCAGUGGCCUUGUUUGUCUUCUUCCGCAGCUUCGGCCAGACACUCGGCAUCGCCGUGGGUGGCGUCAUCUUCCAGAACCAAAUGGCAAGCAACUUGAAGAAAUACCCGGCCUUUGCUGCACGAGCGACCGACCUCGCCAAGGACGCUGCUGCCCUCGUCGAGAUCAUCAAGAACACCCCCGCUGGCCAGGGAAAGCACGAGCUGCGCGUCGCAUACACCGACAGUCUGCGUACCACGUACAUCUUUUUGACGGCGCUCGCCGGUGUUUGUCUCGUAGCCAGUCUUUUCAUCAAGGCAUACGACCUGAACGUCGCUCACGAGACCGAGCAAGGCCUAGUGGUUGAGAAGCAGGACAAGCACGUCAGGGCCGAAGAAGGCCUGGAAGUGGAGAAGAACCAAGUGCCGAUCCAGUCCUGA